AUCGCCUUCACCUUCACGGCUUCGCCCUUCGUGCUUUUUUUACUGGUUACUCUAGUUUCUAGUUCUAAACUGCUGCUUCUGCCGCUGCUGAGUACUACUACUCGGUUGUGUUUCUGAAUUUCUCCCUCUUUCUCUUCUCGCCCGUGUGAGUUGCUCCCGGCGUUGGUGCCACACCACCAGCUUCCUUAUUCGCCAGGGCACCGGCCCGUGAGUUCUGGUUCAGAGAUUUGGAGAUCCGCGCCGACCUUGCCUUUGCCUUGUUUGUUUUAGUGGAGCGCUGCUGGUACAGCCCUUGUUGGGAUUCGAGCUGGAUCGGCGCAGAUCUGGAGGCACAUGAGGCGCCGGCGACGGCGGGCGAGCACACGAGGAUGCGGAGAGAGUUAUAAAGGGACCGGAAGCUAUGGGGUGCUGGGGAGGUGAGGCGGCCGCCGGCGGCGGCGAUCCUAGAGGCAGCGGCGGUUGUGGCGGCAGCGGAAGGGGAGGCAGGGAUGGAGGACGUGGCUGUGGCUGCGCUCGCCGCGGCGCCUGCGCCGGUGUUUAGCCCCGCGACGGCGGGGCUCACGCUGAUCGCGGCCGCGGCCGCCGACCCGAUUGCGGCCGUGGUGGUGGGGGCCAUGGAGGGGGUGCCGGUGACCUUGUCAGUGCCGCCGGUCAGGACCACGUCGGCGAUGGAGGACGAAGGGCUGCCAGCAGGAGGGGAAGAGGGGGAGGCCUCGGCAGUGGGGAGCCCGUGCUCGGUGACCAGCGACUGCAGCAGCGUCGCCAGCGCAGACUUCGAAGGGGUGGGGCUGGGGUUUUUCGGGGCGGGGGUGGAGGGGGGUGCUGUAGUGUUCGAGGACUCGGCGGCGUCUGCAGCCACGGUCGAGGCGGAGGCCAGAGUCGCCGCCGGGGCGAAGAGCGUCUUCGCCGUGGAAUGUGUUCCGCUCUGGGGGUUCACUUCAAUUUGCGGCCGCCGGCCGGAGAUGGAGGACGCGGUCGUCUCCGUACCCCGGUUCUUUGGCUUGCCGCUCUGGAUGCUCACAGGCAACACCAUUGUCGAUGGCCUCGAUCCCAUCUCGUUCCGCCUCCCCGCACACUUUUUCGGAGUAUAUGAUGGCCACGGCGGUGCGCAGGUAGCAGAUUACUGUAGGGAUCGACUUCACGCAGCGCUGGUGGAGGAGCUGAAUAGGAUCGAGGGAUCCGUGUCUGGUGCUAACUUGGGAGCUGUGGAGUUCAAGAAGCAAUGGGAAAAGGCUUUUGUGGAUUGCUUCUCUAGGGUGGAUGAUGAGAUCGCGGGUAAGACGGGUAGGGGAGCAGGGGGGGGCGUGGGCACAAGCGGCAUCGCUGCUGCCGCUGUGGCAGAUCCUGUAGCACCUGAGACUGUUGGUUCGACGGCGGUGGUUGCUGUCAUCUGCUCCUCACACAUCAUUGUCGCCAAUUGUGGAGACUCAAGGGCAGUGCUCUGCCGUGGCAAGCAACCCGUGCCAUUGUCAGUGGACCAUAAACCUAACAGGGAGGAUGAGUAUGCAAGGAUUGAGGCGGAGGGCGGCAAGGUCAUACAAUGGAAUGGCUAUCGAGUUUUCGGUGUUCUUGCCAUGUCACGAUCAAUUGGUGACAGAUAUCUGAAGCCAUGGAUUAUUCCUGUCCCAGAGGUCACAAUUGUUCCCCGAGCGAAGGAUGAUGAGUGCCUUAUUCUUGCAAGUGAUGGCCUCUGGGACGUUAUGUCGAAUGAAGAGGUUUGUGAUGUUGCCCGCAAGCGGAUACUUUUAUGGCAUAAAAAGAAUGGCGUAAAUUCGUCAUCGGCACAACGAAGCGGUGACGACUCGGAUCCAGCCGCUCAAGCGGCUGCUGAAUGCUUGUCGAAGCUUGCUCUCCAGAAGGGGAGCAAGGACAACAUCUCGGUUAUUGUGGUUGACCUCAAGGCACAGAGAAAGUUCAAGAACAAAACUUAAACCAACUGCUUGACGUACAACCUUUAUGACAACAUUUCUAGGAACCUAUAUAGAUUUGGAGAAUCCAAAUUCAACCAGUGUAGACCGUCUCCUUAGUACAUUACUUAGCCCAGUUUGUUCUUUUCUUUACUUUUCACCAUUUGGGCUGCCAAAGGGCUGUAUGUUUCCUGACAGAUUAUGAAAUUCCGCGUCUGGGUUUAUGUUUCCUGACGGCCGGGAUGAUCCAUUUUCUGUUCUUCUUCCUUGUCGCCCCUUAUUCUUUUUGUUAAGCUGGGCCAUCAUGUAUCUGGAAAUGUAUAUUUGAGCCUGUAGGGUACAAAAGAAACAAGUGGUAUAAAGUAUUCUGUACUGCCCUCAGUAUGAAAUCCAAGUGCCAUAUCUGAUA